GGGGUCCGGUGGGUGAGGCUGGGAGGGCGAGCACAGUCGUUCAGGUGGCGAUGCGGAGCUCGAUAGCCAUCGUUGGUGCGAGCGCGUUGUGUCAUUCUCCCUCCUCUCCCCGCCGGUGGUUGUAGUGGGAGUGGUAGUCUUUGGUGGUGGCGCCUUCUGCCUGGGCUCUUUCUGUCUGAAAAUCUACUGUCGUUCCCGACAAUUCUAGCUGCGCGUUGUUUCUAUCGGCUUCGACACCUCGACUUCCGCUCUCGGAUGUGCCCGUCUUCUACUCGGUGAUUCCUCCAUAGCCGUGGGAGUUGCAGAAAAGUAGGCUGACAACUUCGUAGCUGACGUCGUUACCCUCCUUCUUAAGGAGGGAUAAGGAUAGCAAAUUUGGUCGAAAGGCGUUCGCCAUGGGGGCCAUCUCUGAUUCCGAAGAGGAGUUUGAAGAGGAGAGAGAGGCAGCCGAAGAGGAAGACGAAGUGGAUGGCGAAGCAGAAGCAGAUGAUGGAGAGGAGAGAGACGGAGAGGGAGACGAAGGAGAAGAAGAUGGUGAGCAGCCGGAAGGAGAAGAAGGCGAGGAGCUAGAAGAAGCCGAAGAAGCAGAAGAGGAUGAGGAGGGAGAAGGCGAAGAAGACGCCUCCGAAAGAGGAGGGCAUGCUGGAAUCGAGGAGGAGGCAGAGGAUGAAGAAGAAGAACCAGCACGAGCCGACGAGCCCGACGACGAAGAAGACGAAGAGGGGCAGGAUGAGUAUGAGGAGGACGGAUUCUUAGUAGAUGGGGACGAGGAGGAAGAGGGAGGUGAUGACGAGGAAGAAGAGAAAAGGAGCGAUGAGGAGGAGGUUAGGCACAAGAAAAAGAAGCGUAAGAAGAGGGAGCUGGAGUUGGAUGAAGAUGACUACGAACUCCUGCAGGAGAAUGUUCAUGGAUUCCACAGGCCGCGGAAACCAGCCAAGGAGCAGAAGAGGUUGAAGAGGUUGAAGAAAGCUGGUAAGCCUCAGCGAGAGGAGAGGCGGCGUGCAGCGGAAUUAGAAGACGAGGAUGAAGAGGAACAUGGAGGCAUAGGCACUGGGCGUACGGCAGAAGAGGAAUUGAAACGCUCUCUGUUCGGGGACGAUGAAGAAGUUCACGAGGAGGAAGAAAUCCCGGAGGAAGAGGAGGUGGAGAGUGAGGUCUCAGACGACGAUGAGUUUGGGGAUUUCAUUGACGACGCGACAGGCCAUUCACGGAAACGGAAGCCAAAGAAGCAUGGUGAGGCAAGGGCAUUUGCUGGGUUGUCCUCUAAUGCGCUCCGAGAAGCGCAUGACAUCUUUGGCGACGUCUCAGAUCUGCUGGAGCGCCGGAGGCGAAGAGAGGAGCAGAUUGCAAGGGAGGAUGAGGAUGAUGUGCUGGAGGAGGAUGGGUACGGGAGAGGGCUGCCUGGAUCUAGGAACCUGAAGGCGGUGGCUAAACAAUUUGAGCCGAGCUUACUCGAAGCUAAAUUUUUGACUGAUCGGGAUGCAAAGAUCCGGAACAGGGAUGCUCCAGAGCGAAUGCAGAUCCUGGAGGAGACAAUUGGGCCUGUGCCGGACCCGGAAUCGUUUCAGAAGGAAGCAGAGUGGAUUUAUGACCGUGCAUUUGGCAGUUCGUCUGGUUCCAGCUCUCCCCUGUUCGCCAAGAUUAAUGCAGCUAGUAAAGCUGAAAUUGUGCAGCAGAUUGUGGAUGUGCUGACACAACUUCACGAAGAGAAGUUUGAGGUUCCCUUCAUAGGACUGCACCGUCAGGAGUUGUGCUUGGGCCUACUUCCUGACGAAGAGCUGGAAGAUGAUGAUGAACGAGAGAACAAAGGGGGAAGACUGAAAAAGUAUGAGGCGCUGUGGGAAAUCCACCAUUGGGAUAAGAAAUGGAGGGUUCUGCAAAGGCGGAAGAGUUCGCUGCAGAAGAUGUAUGAGGCUAGGAUGUAUCAAGAAAGUGAUUCAGACAAGGUGGAAGCACUGGAGAAGAUUAUGCAGGCUAUGAUGGAUGCACAAUCGGAGGUUGCUCUGGAUGAUGUUGACUGCAAAUUCAAGUUACACUUCCCGAUCGAAGAGACUGUUGAGCAGCCAGUGUCGAAGUACAAACAACCAAAGAGGAAAUCUCGAUAUCAGAUAUGUGUGAGGGCAGGCCUGGGGGCUGUGGUCAAACAUUUUGGACUCAGUGCCGAAGAACUGGGAGAGAAUAUGCAGGCUAUGUACAAGCGAAACGAACCAGAAGACGACCAGCGUACACCCGAAGAGUUGGCAGCAGACUAUCUCAGCACAGAUUUCCCAGCUGCAUCAUCUGUAUUAAGUGGUGCAAGGCUUAUGGCGGUCGUUGAAGUUAGUGCCGAGCCAGCUGUUCGGGAGUACUUCAGGAGUUUGUUUGCUGAAAAGGCGGUUGUCAGUACUAAGCCAACGGCAGUGGGAAUGAGUGCCAUUGACCAGAGUCAUCGAUAUUACAGGGUUAAAUACCUUUUGAACAAACCAGUGAAUCUAUUUGAUGAUGCACAAUGGUGUCUCAUUCAGCAAGCGGAAGCAGACAAACUGCUGGAAGUCACCGUCGGAAUGCCCAAAGAGGCUGUGGACACAUCAAUCAUUCAGGAGUUGGAGAACCUCUACUUGAGCGAUGGUGUAAGUCGAAGCGCGCAGCUAUGGAAUGAACAGAGGCGGAUGAUCUUGAGAGCAGUCGUCAAUGACCAUCUUCUCCCUUCGAUGGAGAAAGAGAUGCGAGUGACAUUAGCAGCACGUUCAAGGCAGUGGAUCAUGAAGCAAGUAGCAGAAAAUGUGUGGAAAACGGUAGGGAUGGCUCCAUUUCGACCGAAGACUGAUUAUGACGAAGAGCCUGAGGAGGAGGUACCUCCGCCAAGAGUGAUGGCAUGUUGCUGGGGUCCAGGAAAGCCAGCCACAACGUUUGUGAUGCUUGACGUAAAUGGAGACAUCGUAGAUAUUCUGCACUGCGGAUUCCUGUCGUCACGAGUACCGGGACCGGCUGUCCAGGAAAGGAAGAAGAUGGACAGAGAGCGUCUUGUUAACUUCAUCCUCGAGCAGCAACCUCAAAUGAUUGUUGUUGGUGCUGCAAACAUGUCCUGUAGACGUCUGAAAGAGGACAUUUCAGAGGUUAUAUUUAAGAUUGUUGAUGAGCAGCCUCGAGGUCUCGAAGCUGCGGACAUCCCUGUUGUGUUUGCGGAUGAGGGACUCGCAAGUCUGUUUGAGAAAUCUCAAGCAGCUGCUGACAUUCUUCCUGGUCAACUGCCCAUUGUACGGAGGGCUGUUGGACUUGGGCGUCUUGCGCAGAACCCGUUGGCUUUGGUUGCUCUACUCUGUGGAACCGGGAAAGAGGUUCUAAGUUACAACUGGUAUCCUGCACAAGAUCUCAUCUCCUCUGAUGAGCUCAUGGAGGCUAUUGAGCAGGUUAUGGUGACAGUAACAAGCCAGGUCGGCAUUGAUAUCAACAUGGCUGUCGCUCAUGAAUGGCAAGGUGGUUGCCUGCAGUUUGCGCCAGGGCUCGGGCCUAGGAAGGCGACUUAUCUGCUGCAAGGUGUCAGCCGUGAAGGGCGGCUGACAUGCAGGAAGGAUUUGCUAGAUUUUGUGAGCAAUGAGCCAGGAGCACGCCCCUUCGUGUUUUUCAACUGUGCAUCAACCAUACGAGUGCGCAGUUCAGGCAUGGCAGCAUCAGUCAAUCAAUUUGUGGACCCCUUGGAAGAUACUCGAAUCCAUCCUUUGUCCUAUCCAUUGGCAACAAAGCUUGCGGAGCACGUCUGGCUGCUCGAUAGGGGUCUUACUCGCGAUGAAGCGGAGGAGAUUGAAGCAGAACUGGACUUGGCUGUAAAUGAUGUCAGGGAGAAUCCCACUCUUCUGUCUGGCGUGGAUGUUGAAGAAUUUGCCAACUCGUUGAUGGAAAGUGGAGAGGGGCGAAAGAUUCAAACGCUGGCGUUGAUCAAGGCGGAGCUCAUGAAUGGCUAUGCCGACUGGCGAGCUCCUUAUGAACCACCAUCCCAAGAGACAGAAUUCUUUAUGCUGACUGGGGAGACCGAUCAAACGAUCGCAGUGGGGAAGCUUGUCCAGGCAACCGUGCGAAAGGUGCAGAAUAACAGGGUGAUAUGCGCCUUGGAAUCCGGAAUAACAGGUCUCAUUGCUAAAGAAGAUUUGAGCGAUGAUCCUGAUGUUGAUCCUACAGCCAAGGUCUCAGAAGGAAGCAUCAUCACAUGCAGGAUUAAAAAUGUCCUUAUGCCGAAGUACUUGGUUGACCUGACAUGUAAAGGCAGUGAUCUUAGGAGUGAGCGCUGGAAUGAUCUUGUGUCAAAGGAUCCGUAUGCAGUGAGAGAUGAGUCGCUAGCAAUUGUGGAUGCAGAAAAGGCAAAGAAAAAGAGGGAACAACAGCGCAAGAGUCUCAAACCAAGGAUGAUUGUUCAUCCAUUGUUUAAGAACUUGUCAAUGGAUGAAGCUUCGGAGGCGCUGGCAGACAAAGAUGUUGGGGAGGUUAUUAUUCGGCCAAGCAGUAAAGGACCAACUCAUUUGUCGCUGACUCUGAAGUUCUUUGAGGGACUUUACACGCAUAUUGACAUCAAAGAAGGUGGGAAGGACAUCCGAGAUCCGGUGAGCUUUUUCCGACUUGGAAAAACACUUUCCAUUGGCGAUGAGACGUAUGAAGAUUUGGACGAGGUUGUUGCAAGGUACGUGGAGCCUCUUGUGACGAAGAUUCGUGACAUGCUGAAAUAUCGCAAAUUCAAACGGGGUACGAAGGUGGAGGUUGAUGACCAAUUAAAACAGGAAAAGAUGGAGAAACCUGGAGUUAUCCCUUAUUAUGUGAGCGUGAGCUAUGAGCAUCCAGGUGCUUUUAUUCUCUCGUACAUCAGGAAUGUGAAUCCUCAUCAUGAAUACAUUUCUGUUUCACCAAAAGGUUACCGAUACCGUAAGAAGGACUUCAAAAGCCCGGAUGCACUCAUAGGGUGGUUUCAGCGCCAUUUCAAUGAUCCUAUAACCGACCUUCCUGCACGACGGGCAGUUGCAGCUAUGGUUCCUAGUCAAUCGACACCAAAUUCGAUCGGUUACGGUGGAACGCCGAAGCAUCAAUGGGGUGGCAAUAGUGGAAGAACUCCAGAGUGGAGUGGAAAUGGGAAUGCAGCGGCUAUCCAGGGACCAACCCGCAGUCCAAGUCAAGAGCCAUGGGGAAGUGUUAGUGAGAACUCUACGGACAAUGGCGGAAGUAGUUCGUGGGCCACCCUUCCACCGGCUCCAAUCUCCCCUCCCAGGAAUUAUGAUGCCUGGUCGAGCGGAGGAGGAAGCUCAACGCCUGUGUCGCAGAGGACGACAGAGCCAUCGAGUGUCGUUGAAGCAGAGGCUAACAGAUGGGGGGCGAAUGAGAAUGGGACUAGUUGGGCUUCAGGGUGGGGAUCACAGAGGGUGGGUGCUGCCGGUGUUUCUGGAGCUGGCGGCCCACUGAAAGACGAUCAGGGUGGCAUGCAAUCAGGCGGUGGAUGGGGCUCAGGGAUGCAAGGUGGCGGUGGAGAUGGACGGAAUGGCUGGGGCUCGGGGACUGGAGAAGGAGUCGAUGGUGGUGGCGGCGAUGGUGACGGUUGGGGUUCGGCUCCUCAUGCAGGUGGCAGGUCAGACAGUGGAAAGAAUGGAAGCUGGGGAUCUGGAGGAGGUUCAAACAGAGGUCCUGGUGGCCAAGUCAAUGGGGGUAGUUGGGGUGGGAACCGGGGUGGCUGGAACAGAACGAAUGGCGGAAACGGUGGCAGCUGGGACUACGGCAGAAAUGAGAACAGGGGAUAUGAUAACCGCUCAUGGGGUGGUGGAGGAGGAGGGGGCCGCGGCAGCUGGGAUGAUGGGCCACGAAGGAUGCCAUACAACAGAGGCAGAGGGCGUGGAUGGGGUUCUGGCCAAUUAGACCGAGGUUCAGGGAGGGGUAGGUGGGGUUCUGGCGAUAGCUACAGCAGAGGUGCAUCUGGUGAUGGCUGGAGCUUUGGCGGCCGUGGACGAGGACCUGGCCGGGGAGGCAGAGGAGGAUGGGGUUCAGGAGGCGGAGACAGGGCUCCUUCUCAUCAUGCUAGGGAAGGAGGGUGGGGAUCAGUGAAGGACAACAACGGUGGUGGGUGGGGUUCAAGAGGGUCCGGCGGUGAGGGCGGUGAGGAUGGUGGAAGCUGGGGAGUGUCAGCCAACAACUCCAGGCCACCUCCACCCGCUAGCGAGGAGAGCUCUCCGGGAUGGGCGCCGUCUCCUGGUCCUCCGAAGGGUACAGCAGGAGGCUGGGGCCCAGAUUCCACCCCUAAGGACAACUCUCCGGGGUGGGCGCCUUCCCCUGGCCCUUCAAAGGGUGCAGAAGGAGGCUGGGCACCGGAUACCACCCCGAAGGAGAAUUCUCCUCGGUGGGCACCAUCUCCUGGACCUUCAAAGGGCACUGGAGGAGGCUGGGGGGCAGAUGCUACCCCCAAGGGACAAAGUGGUGGAGGCUGGGGGGCAGAUGCUACCCCCAAGGGACAAAGUGGUGGUGGUUGGGCGUCUGGUUCAAAGGCUCCAGAAAACAAUGAGACUCCUGCUGCCUGGGGGUCACCCAACGCAGGGAAGGUAAGUGAGGGUGGUGAUGGCUGGGGGUCUGGUGCCCGAGCCAUGGAAACUGAUGAGACUGCGGCUGGCUGGGGCACUCUUUCAGCAAAGGUAGGAGGAAAUGAAGACAACACCAGCUGGGGUUCUGCAAGCACCCCGGCAAGAGUCGCUUCAUAGGACCACACCACACUAACUAGGUAAACAUGCGCUCGUCCAUCUUCGUACUUCCGCCUCAUCUUUUAGUGGUGUGGGACUUGUAACACAAGGAAUCUCCCGAUGUCCAAAAUUCUCAAGAUUCAGCAUGAGGCGGAAGCUCUUUCAUCUUCCCUUUCCCCUCCUCUUGCUCAAAAGGGACCUCCUCAGCAGGAUGACUUCCAUCUCAUGCCGAUCAGCUGAAAUGGCAGGUUCAUGAACUGUCUAGGCGAUGGACAGCCACCCUUUCUCGUCACAAUCGAACAGGUGACGCGAAUCCAUCAACUCUCCUCAGGCUCCUCUCCUCCUUCCAAGGGGUCAGGUCAUGCCCCAAAAAGGAAGUCUUAAAGCUUGUUCCAAAGCUGUGGAUGGAUGACGUUUCCUGUUCUGCGAUCUAUUAUUUUGUGUUGCGUCACUGUGAACGUCCACUUCUCAUCCUUUUCGUGGAUGGUGUACUAUUCAGAUUGAAUAACGCUUUCUGACUGCAAUUCAUUGUUUCAUAAGUUCCGUUAUGUGUGUGGUCCCCGGGUUGUGCAAUUUUACCUGCUGUCUUUUGCGGAUUCUGUUGCUGCCUAGUGUGCCCGUACUCUCCUCAAAACGUUUUGCUUCUGUUAAGUCAAAGUACUUGCCAACUGGCAAUAUGCCAUGUGUGAAUUCUGUCUGUAACCGUCACAUCCGAAAGGUCUGUCGUGUCUGGAGUACUGAGGGCUAGAUGUGUUCUGUGCGCUCUACUUCUAUCUUCUGGUGUCUAAAACUUGUUUUGCCGAACUUUGCGGCAUUCCAUAGGAGAAGUGUUUGGGUCAGCGUUGGUAGGAUCUGAUGCAUGGAUGGGGUCUGUAAUAUUUCUGCUUCGGUUGUCUUUCCUCCRCCUCUCGAGUACGCAGGUCGUAUGUGUUUCUGAUGCAUGGGCGCUCCUUGUUAGCCAGGAGGGGCUCAUCGAAGUCCUCUGUGCAUCCUUGAGGGCAGAGCAAGAGGUAACAUGCAUGUAUUCCAUAUCUGAUGAAAAGGUCUGUGGCACUUGCGCCUCAGCCGUCUUUCCUUCAGUUCUCAAGUCCACAGGUAGGUGGCAUUUUGUUGUGCAAGUUCUCCCCUCGUUAGCCUGGAGGGAGAUCGCAGGUGUGUUUUCUGUACGCAAUGAAAGCGAUUAUGGCUUUUUGCUUUAGCCAGCUUUUCUUCAGCUCCUCAAGUAUAUGAGUGGUGUGUUGUCGUGAUGCUUCCGUCGUGAUGCUUUCGUCGCUGGCCUGGAGGGCCUCAUCUGUGUCCUCAAUUCAUCCCUGAAUGGAAGAGCAACAGAUCAUCUGUACAGAAUGAGAUGCUGUGUAGAAUUAAAAGAGCAAAGGGCAAAGUGACAGGCAUGACAAUGCGGUGGGGACUCAGGUGAAAUCGGCCUUCCAUUCUCGGUUAUCUUCUAUUCAAAACAAGUUUAUUCUCAACUCCAUGGAUCGAAGAAAGCUGUGGUAAUUUGCUUGAUACAAUUCUUUAKACGAAUGAUCGCGGGAAAGAAAAAAAAUAAAAUCAAUUGCGGGAUCUUGGAGAGGCUGACAAAUAUGUGCUCUGAGCUCUCCAGGUUCUGGGUCUUGUACUGCUGUGAACUCUCUAGAGUAGAAUAUCCAUCUAGUCAUUCCUACGCGUUUUUGUUUUUUUGUGGACACCCUUCCGUGCUACCAGCACUGGUAGGAGCAGACCCUGCUAGCACUGCCGGGGAGGCUCCAUCUAUUGGAGGGAAGCAUCACCUGAUGCUGGAAGUCUUUCCUGUGCAUUCCGUAUGUAGUCCUUUAUUUCAUCUACAUGAGGAAGCUCCAGCAGAAGAGUUAGUUCCGCUGCCUGUUUGUGUUAUAAAUGUGACAUAUAGGUCGCAAUGUGACAUAGGUCGCAAGGCUGGUAUUCUGUAUAUAUGUGACAUAGGAAAGCCUUGUUCACCCACUGGCCUGAGGGAGGCCGGUUGGUCGGCAGCGGGAGUUU